AUGAACGCGUCGGGGCGGCUGCCGGCGGGGGGCGAGGAGGAGUCCCCCGGCGCCUCGCUGCUGCCGCUGAGCGGGAACGGCAGCGCGGGCGGCGGCUCCGGGGAGCUGCGGGAGGGGACCCACGCCGCCACCCUGGCGGCCUGCGCCUCCCUGCUGGCCCUGGUGUUCUGCCUGGGCUCCUACGGCAACCUCAUCGUCCUCCUCUCCUUCUUCGACCCGGCCCUCAGGAAAUUCAGGACCAACUUCGACUUCAUGAUCCUCAACCUCUCCUUCUGUGACCUCUUCAUCUGCGGGGUGGCCGCCCCCAUGUUCGUCUUCGUCCUCUUCUUCGACUCGGCUCGAGGCGUCCCAGGUGCCUUCUGCUUCACCUUCCACCUCACCAGCUCCGGCUUCAUCAUCAUGUCGCUCAAGACGGUGGCGGUCAUCGCCCUGCACCGGCUGCGCAUGGUGCUGGGGAAGCAGCCGCACCGUGCUGCCUCCUUCCCCUGCACCCUCCUCCUCACCCUGCUCCUGUGGGCCACCAGCUUCACCCUGGCCACCCUGGCCACCCUGAAGACCCGCGGCUCCCGCCUCUGCCUGCCCAUGUCCAGCUUCGCCAGGGGCAGGGGGAAUAUCAUCCUCUACCUCUACGUCACCGACUUCAUCUGCUGCGUGGCCGUGGUGUCCGUCUCCUACGUCAUGAUCGCCCAGGCCCUGCGGAGGAAUGCCCAGGUGAGGAAGUGCCCGCCUGUGGUGGCCGCGGACACCUCCAGACCACAGCCCUUUGUGGGGCCCGCGGCUGCCGGGGCUGGCGUGCAGAGCAGCAUGCCCAGCGCCGUGCCCGCCUUGUACAGGAACCAGAGCUGCAGCAAGCCACAGCAUCUCCAGGCACACGGCUACACCAAGCACCUUGGCCAGCCGCUGGCCACCGCUGCCGGGCGGCUCCAGCUGGUGCCAGCAGUCAACCUGUCCACAGCCAAAGACUCCAGGGCGGUGGUGACCUGCGUUGUCAUUGUGCUCUCCGUCUUGGUUUGCUGCCUGCCCCUGGGCAUCUCUUUGGUGCAGGACAUGCUGUCCAGCAGUGGGGGCUUUGUUCUCUACCAGUUUGAGCUGUGUGGAUUUACCCUCAUUUUUUUCAAAUCUGGAUUAAAUCCUUUUAUAUAUUCCCGCAACAGCGCUGGGCUUCGGAGGCGAGUCCUCUGGUGCCUGCAGUAUGUAGCCCUUGUCUUUUUCUGCUGCAAACAGAAGACGAGGCUCCGGGCCAUGGGCAAAGGCAGCCUGGAAGUCAACAGGAACAAGUCAUCCCACCACGAGACCAAUUCAGCGUACAUGUUGUCUCCAAAACCUCAGAAAAAGUUUGUGGACCAAGCCUGUGGUCCCAGUCACUCCAAGGAAAGCAUGCUGAGUCCCAAGGCUUCUGUCGGGCACCAGCACUAUGCACAGAGCAGCUCGACCCCCAUGAACACCCGAAUCGAGCCCUAUUACAGUAUCUACAACAGCAGCCCUUCCCAGGAGGUCAGCACCCCAAACAGCUUACAGCCAGUGAACUCGGCUUUCGGAUUUGCCAAAUCCUAUGUUGCCAUGCAUUAUCACACCACCAACGACCUGGUGCGGGACUAUGACAGUGCUUCAACCAAGCAGAUACCAGUGCCCUCAGUGUAACCUUAGCAGGGGGCCCAUGGGUCCUCCUCCCCUUUGCUUUUGGUAAUGAUUAUUCUGAACUUAAUGAUGCCGUACUGCUGCCAGUUAAGAAAAAUGCCACCACUGUUAAUAUCUAUUUGCAUUCGAAGUGAAUACUAGGGUAUUACUUCUGUGAAGCUUUCUUCAACUUCUGUGGCAAGUCAAGAAGGGUGGUAUUUUAGAUUUGUAUUUAUAAUUGUUACAUGAGGGUAGUUUUGGUACUAAAUUUUACUGCUGGACAAGUAAAAAAAAAGUAAGCAUGUUAACUAUAUGAUUAAUUAUCUCACGAGGCAGAGUAUCUCAGAGAACAGUAUGAGGCUGCACCAGAAGUAUUAUCUGUUCAAUUGCAUACUUGCUGUAUUUUCAAGAAGGAAGAAUUGGGAGGAUGCUUGGUAAUAUGAUACUGAAAUUUAAACUCUUCCCGUUGUGGAAGGUUGAAAGGACUGGUGGUAUUUUGUUGUAGCAAGUGUCAGUAGUAACGAAGGUCCUUUCUAUUUGCAGGGUGAAAUCCUGGUUCCGUUGAGGUUAAAGAGCAAAAUUUCCAUGAACUUCAACUGAAGUUUAGGAUUUCGGUCUUGGUUUCCUAAAGCAGGACACAGCAUUUUAGAAACAGCAUUAUAUUUCCACUAGGGAAGGACUUCUGCGAAGCGUUGUGGCACUGUAAUAGACCUCUGAAAUAUAUAUAUUAAUUUUCACUGUACAUUUAUUUUAACGGUUGGUGGUAAGUAUCCCAAAAUUAGAUAAUUGGAGAAAUAUUUUACAUCUGAUAGAAAUAACUCUGCCAUACCUAAUUAUAGGUUUUACUUGAGGAUAAAGGUUAAUAUUGUAAUAUUCUAGUACUGGUACACUAUCAGUAACGCAGUCACCUCCGUAAUUUUCUAAUUCACAAACUGUUAUGCAAAGAGCGUGUUGCUGGUAGCUUUUUCUUCUACGACUUUGUAUAAAAGUGGGAACUGGGAGGAUUCAGCUAUGAUAUUCCUGACAGAUAGAACUGACAGCUAUUAACAUUUUUUAAACCAAAAUGACCACAUAACAAGAUGACGCCAAAAUUUUGAGGUUUUCUUGAGAAGCCUAACAUCAGUUUGACUUAAAGAUUAAUAAUCUGUGUACUUUAUCUGUUGGUCUACACAGUGAGCAAAUGAAUAGAAGUUAAAUAUUUUUUUAUAAAUCUGACCAUUUGUGUUGUGUCACGUGUUGUGGGAAUUCCUUGUGAAAAGGAAUGAUUUGGAGGCAUUUAAAUUCCUGACAAUUAUCGCUUUAAGUGGUCAGAUCUUUCCAAAACAAGCAAUCACCUUUCAACUUCUAUGGAAUUCAGCAGAGCCUUGCUAUCUCCGAAAUAAUCGUGCCACAGGCUUUUGGUGCCUCAUUAUAGGAAGAUGCCAUGUCUUUAGCAAAAUUACAGUGAUGGAAGGGUGAUUUGUUGUUUUAGAAACAAAAAAACAGUCACGUCAUUGCCGUAUGUGAGUUGUUGGUGGUUUGGGCUAUUUGUUAACUAAACUAUUUUCCUGGAAGACUAUUACAUUAUGAACACUGUUCUUUGUUUAACAUCCUGAAUUUUAAUUCAUUUUGAAUAAUUCAAGACAGCUUUCUUGCAAUAAAAUGGAUGUGAACAACUUUCUAAUACAAAAUGUUAAAUUGAAAUUAUUUCCGUAAGUAUUUUCUCUCUGCCCAGAUAUUUUUCUCUAUAAACAAAUGAUGAAUAACAUGGUUCUUUCUAAAGUAAUUAUAAAAGAUAAUGAAACGA